UAAAAGGCAGGGCCAGCAGCAGCCCUGAAGCACUCGCUCUCCUCUCGAACAAGCUGCAGGGGAAGUCAAGACGGGUUAAAGGAGGCAGACAGAGGAAGCAACACCCAUUCACAAAGCGAACUCAAGCCGCAGAAGAGCAGGAGCGCAACACACACCUGCGAAAACUUUUUCUUCUUCCUCCGAACUGGUGUAGCUUUUGGCAAAAGUCCACUCGCCGCUCUUGCCUCUUUUGAUCUAAACCCGUGGCUGAAAUCCGCCUGGAGAAAGUGGCUGAAAUCCGCCUGGAGAAAAGAUCUGCCCGUCGCUUUCCACCUGUUGAUUUGAAACCCUCCCUGGAUCCUUCCACCUCGUGCCAGGCGGCGACGGCAGCAGGAGCGCAUCUCUUGACCGAACCGCACCAGCCAGCUAUGAGCUCCGAGCAUUUGGUGUACGACGUGGAGAAAGGGAGCAACGUGGUGGUGGUGCGCGAAAAGCCGCAGAAGGAGAGCCACUGGAAAUGCCUCAGCAUCUGCUCCCUCCUGCUGCUGCUGGGCGCCACCUUCGUCUUUGCGCUUUUGCAGUUUGGCGCUUUCAAGCAGUCUGAAUCCCAGGACUCUAAGGAAAAGGGAAGCCCAUUUUCUGGAGGGUUGCCGCAGACGAUGAAAGUUCAAGCCCUGAUGUCCAGGAAACCAGCUGCCCAUGCCCUAGCUUCCCGAGCUCACGGCCAGCAAUUGUUCUGGACCACAGACGUGGCGCCCUCCAUACUUGAGAAUGGCAUGCAGCUGAACAAAAAUGACAACUCCCUCGUGGUGCCUUCGACCGGACUCUAUUUUGUCUACUCUCAGGUCAUGUUCCAUAGCGACACCUGCCCGGAAUCUCCUCUGCUGCUCAGCCACACCAUCUCGUGGUUUUCCUCACAGUUCAACAAGAAUGUGGAAUUGCUGAAGUCCAUCAAGUCCGCUUGCGAGGGCGGAAGAACCGCCCAGGGCCAAAAGAGUUUGUGGUUCGAAUCCAUUUACCAGGGGGCUGUCUUCAGGUUGAACAAAGGGGACCGCCUGUGGUCCAAAACCGAAUCUCCUCAGUAUCUGGACUUUGCCCAACAGGGACAGAUCUAUUUUGGGAUCGUUGCCAUGGAGUAAAAAAAAAGAAAGAAAAGACUCUCCUGCAGUGCCAUAGUUACAACUCACUUGCUCCUCCUACUCCAUCAUUCAAAAUACAAAUUUGAGGAUGAGGAACAAGAGACCUG